AUGCCUCAAUUGGACAAGCCUCUGACCUCUAGCUCUGGUUUCUUCUCUCUCCUACAGCCGACUCUCCACUCAUCUCACCUCCACUCGCCUUCCGUCAAGAUGCCUGCCAUCAACACCAUCGUCGCCCGCGACGCCGUUCACCAGCUCGCCAAGCGCGAAAACUGGGCUAAGAAGGAGGCUGGAGUCGUCGUCGUCUUCUGCAUUAUCUUCAUCGUCGCCCUCGGAAUCUCUGGUCUCAUGAUCUCCAAGUGCCUCGCCAGGCGCAAGGCAGAGAGACAGGCCAAGGAGUCCCAGGCCGCUUAA